UGCAGUAUACACUGUAAUCUUGCUCAAUAAUGCUCAUCAGUAUUGACUUCAUCUUUCGGUUUCAUGAAAGACGAGAGACUGUGUCUCGUUAUUAUUCUUAUGCAUUAACUCAUCUUGAGUCAUUUAGAGUCUGAUUUGUAUAUAUUUAAUUGUCUUUUUUUUAAUUUAAAUGUCUACUUCAAUUGCUGGACUAGAAGAAAUGAAUAUGAAGUCUCUUUUAGCCGGAGGUCGCAAUGUUUUGUGCUUGUUUGAUGUGGACGGAACGCUGACACCCCCGAGAGAGAAGAUCGACCCUGAUCUGGACGAUUUUUUCCAGGCCUUGAGAAAGAAGGUGAAGAUCGGCGUGGUGGGUGGUUCAGAUUAUUCCAAAAUCGCAGAACAGCUCGGAGAAGGAGAUGAAGUCAUACACAAGUUUGACUACGUCUUCGCCGAAAAUGGAACCGUGCAAUACAAAGAUGGCAAACUCAUCUCCAAACAGGCCAUUCAGAAUCAUCUGGGGGAGGAGUUACUGCAGGACCUCAUCAACUUCUGUCUCAGUUACAUGGGGCUCAUCAAACUACCCAAGAAACGAGGGACGUUCAUUGAGUUUCGUAAUGGCAUGAUCAACAUCUCACCCAUCGGACGCAGCUGCACGCUCGAAGAACGAAUCGAGUUCUCUGAGAUCGACAAGAGAGAGAAGAUACGAGAGAAGUUUGUGGCGGCUCUGCAGGAGGAGUUUGCAGGAAAAGGUCUGCGGUUCACCAGAGGGGGUUUGAUCAGUUUCGACAUCUUCCCGGAGGGCUGGGACAAACGCCUCUGUCUGGACGUCCUGGAACAGGAAGGAUUGGACGACAUCUACUUUUUCGGCAACGAAACUUCGUUGGGUGGAAAUGACUACGAGAUCUUCGAGGACCCUCGUACCAUCGGUUUCACCGUCUGCUCCCCUGAAGACACAGCGAGGCUCUGCAGGGAGAUGUUCGUUAACGCUCCACCCAAUGAGGCGUGAAAGCGGCUGCGACUGCCUGCGUGCAGCGCUCCUGCGCCCACUGCUGGUCACUGUGGGCAAAGCCUGAGAGCCAUCACACAUGGAGAUCAAACCAAUCCACUGCUGAUCUGCAGACUGAAGGGAUUGCAUGUAAAUAUCACUGACAGGGCCUCAUCAGUGUGUGCUCUUGUACAAAUAUUAAUUUUAAAUCAAAAGAUUUCGCCUUGUUUCAUAAUAAAAAGCGUUUUACUGUGGCUACAUUCACACUGCAACAUUUCUGGAGUGACAACUGUUUUUAAAAUACAGUGAAUCCUCUGAAUGAUGAAAGAAUACAGGACUCAAUCCAGAAAUUAUGAUGAUUGACAGUGCACUGUUUGACACCUCAACGCUGUAAACUAGCUGUUUUAACUCAUCUUUUUAACCAAAGUAACAUUAGCUAUCAGUAAUUAGUAAGUGGCGUUUGCUUUUCUGUUUACCUCGUGUGCUCCGUCACAUAAUGGUGCUUUAUAUAUUUAAAGGAAUUAAACAAUUUAAAGACAUUUAAGGGAAUAAUGAAAAUUUGUA